AUGGCUAACAACGCCUACUCAGAGAAAUUUAUCGACGAUUCAAAGGCAGCACCGACCAAUGUCGCCCACGGUGCAGGCGAUGGCGUCUUUCAUGAGACCAAGGGUAGCAGCCAUGACAUCGAAGAGGGAGCUCAUCGCCAAGCGAAGCUCAGCCGUGGCUUGCAGGGUCGACAUAUGCAGAUGAUUGCCAUCGGAGGGUCCAUUGGCGCUGGUCUCUUCGUGGGUUCCGGAUCUGCGUUGCAAUCUGGCGGUCCAGCCUCGCUGGUUAUUGGAUUCAUCAUCAUCGGUGCCAUGCUGCUUUGCACCGUGCAAGCUCUCGGUGAAUUGGCGGUCUUGUACCCGGUGAAUGGAGCCUUUUAUGUGUAUGGCGUGCGAUUUAUUGACCCUGCUUGGGGUUUUGCCAUGGGAUGGCAAUAUGCUAUUGGUUGGCUGGUCACGCUUCCGUUCGAGAUCACGGCUGCAGGCAUAACAAUCGACUACUGGCACCAUUAUAACAUUGGCAUUUGGAUCGCCGUUUUCCUCAGCACCUUGAUUAUCGUGCAGUUCUUUGGUGUCAAGGGCUACGGAGAAGUCGAGUUUGUCCUUGGGAUAAUCAAGAUCGUUGCUGUUCUCGGCUUCAUCAUCUUCGGCAUCAUCGUUGACUGUGGCGGUGUCCCCAGCGAUGACCGUGGAUACAUUGGUUUCAGAUAUUGGAAUGAUUCUGCACAUGGCAACAAGGCAUUCCGCAACGGUUUCAAGGGUUUCUGCUCUGUCUUUGUCACUGCAGCUUUUGCAUUUGGAGGGACCGAACUUGUUGGUCUAGCCGCCGCCGAAGCUGCCAAUCCCAGAAAAUCGCUGCCUAAAGCCACAAAACAGGUCUUCUGGCGUAUUGCAGGCUUCUACGUCGUCUCGCUGCUCAUCAUGGGCCUCAUCGUGCCCAACAGCUCUCCGGACCUCCUCAACUCGUCGGGCGCAAACACUAAAGCCUCACCCUUUGUGCUUGCCAUCAAGUACGCUGGUGUCAAAGGUUUGCCCUCGGUGUUUAACGCCGUCAUCACCAUUUCCGUCAUGUCUGUGGCGAACUCUUGUACUUAUGGCUCAACCCGUACCAUGCAGGCACUGGCUCAAGGCGGAAUGGCUCCCAAAUUUUUGGCGUGGAUCGAUAAGAAAGGCCGUCCCGUGUGGCCAGUUAUCAUCCAAAUGGCAUUUGGUCUGUUGGCAUUCAUUAACGAAGCGGCCACUGGUGCGACGGUAUUCAACUGGCUGCUCGCCUUGACCGGGUUGUCGUCGUUCUUUGUGUGGGGCUCCAUCUGCUACAGCCACAUCCGAUUCCGUGCGGGGUGGAAAGCUGCAGGGCGCUCGCUUGAUGAUCUCCCGUUCAAGUCGCAACUCGGUGUGUAUGGAUCUUGGUUCGGAGUGUUUCUGGUGGUGGUGUGUCUGGUCGCGACGUUCUAUGUCGACCUCUUCCCCCUCGGCGGCGAUCCAGACCCCGAGACGUUUUUCGAGGGGUAUAUCGCGCUCCCAAUUGCCCUUGCGCUGUUUGUGUUCUGGAAGCUGUGGACUCGAGACUGGUCCUUUAUGGUCAAGGUCCGCGACAUGGAUCUCGACUCCGGAAGGCGAGAGUUUGAGGACAUUCCCGGUGAUGACGAGCCAGAGAGGAAGAUGAGUGUCGGCCGGAGAUUGAGCCGGGCGAUCUUCUAA